AUGUUUGGCGAGAAGGACCCUCACCGCUCAGACCUCUUCAUCUUCGACACAGACAAGCUCCACGGCGACGUGCUGCUGCGAGAUGGCGUCUCCCACUUGAGGUACCAGGAGUACGCCGUCUUUGCCAAGGACAGCGACUAUGCCAGCACCAUCCAGUCGUCCGAGACGGACAAUGACCGACCCUUUCUCAAGCACGUCGGCCAGUGCAUCGUCAGCGAGGAUGGCAAGGGCGACGAGCUGUUCCACCAGGCCAUGAGGGAGGACCAGUCCGUCGACAUCCAGGGCAACUGGGGCCCCAAGUGGAAGGGCUCACCACACCUGCUGCAGGGCAGGGUAAGGCAGGUCAUCUGCCACCGCCGGACGAACUACAAGUCCUCCGAGGACAUGAACCUGGACGGGCUGCACCUCACCAGCGCGGACUUCAACCUGAUGGGCCUGCACCCGGCCACGCUGCAGUACGUGCGCCGCACGACGGUCGAGUCCAUGUUCUGGGACCGCCACCACGAGAAGCUGAGCAUCAUCAUGUCCUUCCCGUCGGACCCGCGGGCGCCCUACGACUUUUUGUCCAUGACGCACAGCAUCCCCGACCGCACGACGACCAUCCUCGUCAGGCAGUCCUUCGACGCGAACCAGCACACCGUCGAGGACCUGGACCAGUACGACCAGCGCAUGCAGAGCUGCAAGUCGCACUGGGCCCACCCGCUGGUCAUCCCCGUCAUGCUCCUGCAGGUCCAGUUCGCGUGGACGGAGCAGGCCGUGGCCGACAACCACAGCGAGGUCGUCGCGGUGGAGAGGGACGUCAGCAACAUGGCGGGCUUCGACGCCUUCGACGACACGGCGCGGCGGCGGCGGACCAGCUCCUCGGGCGGCGCGACGGGGAGGUACGGCGCGCCUCCCGGCCACAACAACAACAACGGCAGCGGUGCGGCCAGCCAGACGGGGUCGGGCCAGCAGCAGCAGAUCUACAAGAAAUCCACCGAGCUGAUGAAGAACGCGCACGACGUGCUCAAGCGCAGCAUCCGGCUGCUAGACACGCUGCACUGGAUGGACCGCGCUAUCAAGAUCCUGCUCGAGGCGGGUGACGCUCUCGACGAUGUGCGUCAGGACUCAGACGGUCCGCCUGCGUCCAGCACCGCGAAUUCGUUCCCCACGCCGUUGUCCGCCCGAGGCAGGGUCGGGACGGGCCUGCUUAAGAUGAGGAUCCAGGAGGACCCGCUCACGGGACACUGGCAUGAGAUCCGGCAGUAUUUAGACGGCCUGCUGCAGUUAUGUUUGUCGCUCAAGACUGACAGGACAAUUUUGGAGAUGAGGUGUAAGGCGUUGGUGGAUAUUAUUUACAGUAAAAUGGCCCAAGAAGACAACAAUCUCAAUGCCCGGAUGGCUGUUGCCUCUUCGCGAGACUCAUCUUCUAUGAAAGCAUUAGCAGUGAUUACUGCAAUCUUCCUCCCUGGCGAGUUCAUGUCCUCCCUCUUCGGCAUGUCAAUAUUCGACUGGCAACCCGGGGGUGAAGACGGAGAAAACGGCGGGGACUCGGUAGUCAGCUGGCGGUUCUGGAUAUACUGGUCCAUCACAAUCCCCUUGACUAUCGGGAUCCUGGUAUCCUGGCGCGCAUGGUGGGUCGGCCAGGACAGGUACUUCAGGAAACACCUGUCCAAGGACCUCAGUGAAGAGAGGUACUGGACAGACGACAGGAAGCCGCGGAAGCUGGAGACCAGCUUCCUGCACGAUUUUAUAUACAUGUCGGUGCGCCGGGGAGAAUCCGCGGUCGAAGGUGGCACGGCCAUGUUUCCUAGCUCGAGGAAGGGGUCCAGCUCGAGGAAGGGGUCCAGCUCGAGCGAGGAGGACGGGCUCAAGUGGCUACAUAGGAGGAGCAAGACACUGUCCAGUACUGGGCUCACUAACCCGCCGCCUGCGUUCAGGCUGAGGCAGAUCGCGUUUGAAGAGGUCGAGAAAGGGCGGAGAGCAAGCACUGGGUUGGUAUAG